UACAUGUGGAAUCUACUUAAAUUUAAAAUGAAAGUCAGAUUUUGUAAUGUAGGAGUUGUGCACCUAUCUUAGACCACCCGCCCCCGCUUUGUUAUUUCCCGCCAUUGGAGAACUGAAAUGCUUCCUGCGCGCUCCGUUUCUAUUCCACUGCAUCUCCACUCCGCCCCUCCAAUUCGUAUGGCACCAAUUCAACGACUGUAAUUGUGCUCGUUCACAAUCUGCUUGGAAAAGAAAAACUCUGUCGACAUUGAUGGAAGCACAACGCAGAAAUACUACUAGCAGCAGUGAUAGAAGAAGGAAGCCGCUCUCCGAUUGCAGCAACACCAUCCUCCCACUCGGCUCCUCUGCUAGCUGUUCUUCCUUUUCCUCUUCGUCUGACAUUCUCAAGAAACCCUUAAAAAAGCCAGUUGCCUCUUGUUCACAGCAUCUCCAUUCCGGCGACCAUGUGAAUCCCACCGAGAACCAUCUCGAUAAGGUUCAAUCAAAGACCGGAUCCACCACCGGCGGCGCUCUAGGAUCCUCCUCCACUUCCACGCCGUUUCGCCCACGGCGCAAUCCAUCCUCGACCGUAGGUGGCGAUGAUGUUUGGGAGCCAUCUCCGGUUUACUUGAGGAGACAGUCUGGAAGCAAAAGGAAGGACAAGGAGAAGGCAAUUGAUAUGGCGGCUAUAAAGAGUCAGUCUAGCAGGGACAAAAUAGAUGAAGAUGGAGGUACUGGUCUGUCCAAAUCAUUGAUAGUAGCUCAUAAAAAGAAGAUACGCCAGGCAACAGAGGUUCGAGAUGAUAAUGAAGAUAAAAGUUUCAUCGAGCAACAGCAAGCGUACUUUGCUGAAAUUGAUGCGUUUGAACUGCUAGAAGAAGAGGUCGCUUCAGCUGAUGAGUUGGAAUGAGCAGAGGCAAGUAGAUAAGAGUAACUUAGCCUAUUUUAUUUCUAGUCAUGAGAUUGUGAUGAUGUCGUUUACUGUAUAGCUCCAGUUUUGUUACCAUCUUAUGUAGAUGGCCUUAAUUUCUAGUUACACGUUAUAGUCCAUUGUAGAGUGAUGAAUGCAGUAAUGGCUUGAGUAGGGUAGAGAUUUGACUCGUGGAAUUUUCUUUAGUGGUAGUGGAGACAAUUAGUUAGUCAAAAUGAGGCACAGUACCUUUGUGGACCAGCAAAUUUUCAGCCUACUGCGCUGGGAAGAGACACUUCCAUGUUCUCUUCAGAAUUGAAAUGCAUUUUAACUCGCCUUUGUCAACAUACUUUGGGAUCUUAAUUCAUGCUUUCCAUAUUUAUCUUACAAAUAGAGUUGCGAUUCAUUG